AUGCAGCACGAACUCAAAAUUCUCACCCCCAUCGGCAUGCUCGGCUACGGCUUCGACGAAGCCCUCUUCUGGUCCGCUGUUUCUGACGGCGUCGAUGCCAUCAUCUGCGACUCUGGAUCUACCGACAGCGGGCCAGCCCGACUCGCCCUGGGCACCAUGUCCGGCUCCCGAGACGGGUAUGCCGCCGAGCUCGAGAAAUUCCUGCUCGCGGCGCAUCAUUUCCACGUUCCGGUUCUGAUUGGCAGUGCCGGUGGUGACGGAGCGAAUGCUCAUGUGGAUGUUUUCGUGGAUAUUAUUCAUGAGAUUGUUGCCCGGUUGCAUCUGAGACCGAUGAAGGUGGUGAAGAUUUAUGCGGAGGUUUCGAAGGAUGUUGUGAGGGAGGAGUUGGAUGCGGGGAGGAUUGUGUCUUGUGGGGAGGCGGUUCCGGAGUUACAGCGGAGUGAUGUGGAGGAUGCGAGUCGGAUUGUGGCGCAGAUGGGCAUGGAGUCGUAUCUGAAGGCUAUGGAUGAGCACCCUGAUUUUGAUGUCAUUAUUGGUGGUCGCUCGUAUGAUCCUGCUCCGUAUGCUGCGUUCUGUGUGCACAAGGGGUUCACGAAUCUGGAUAUUGCGUGGCAUAUGGGCAAGAUCAUGGAGUGUGGGGCGUUAUGUGCGAAGCCUAAGAGUCGCGAAGCGCUGGCCAUUGUUCGACAUGAUAGCUUUGAUAUCCGGCCGUUGAAUCCAUCCAGUCGGUGUACGGCUGUCUCGGUCGCUGCGCAUACGCUGUAUGAGAAGACACGACCGGAUCUUCUGGUUGGACCGGGAGGCUCGCUCCAUCUGAACGAUACGACCUAUGAAGAGUUGCCGGAUAAUCGCACGGUUCGGGUCCGGGGAGCCAAAUUUGUGCCAGUGGAACAAGGCGGAUAUACGGUUAAGCUGGAGGCGGCUCGAACCCACGGAUAUCACAGCUGCUUCUUUGGUGGAUUUACUGACCCUAUUUUGGUCGCGCAAAUUGAUCCUUUCAUUCAGACCGUCAGAGAUCAUGUUGCCUCGGUGUGCAAAUUCGAGUAUGAUCUCAAGUUGACGACUUAUGGCGCGAGGAACGAGAUCAGCAUCACCCGGGUGAUUCACGCCGCACGCGUUGGUUGCAUGCAUGGCUCAUAUCUCGGACAAGUGGCAACCUCUGGCAAUUUCGCCAUGCCUUGUGCGCCUCUUGACAUUCCGAUGGGAAGAGUGUGUGAAUUCUGCAUUUAUCACCUCAUGCCAGUGGACGAUCCAACUGCUUUGUUCCCGAUAUUUGCAGAGACGACACAGCAUAAUUCCGAUGGGGAACCCCCGGCCCUGGUCAUUCCAGCGUAUUCUCCAAGAGGUUUCCAGUCUGCAUCAUAUGCGGAGCAUGAGAACAACCUACUAAGACCUACAAUAUUGAGCCCUCCUGCUCCACCUGGCAUGCGCUAUUUGGGUGAGUUUGCAUCGGUGAUUCGCUCCAAAAAUGCCGGGCCGUAUGAGCUGACAUUCGACAUCAUGUUUGAUUCCUUGGCCAAAUACUUCUUUGCCAAGUCAUCGGGCGUACUGGACGUUUCAAAGUUUGCAGAGCUGUAUGCUAUCAAGGUAUCUGAUAUCGUGGCAGCAGUUUGGUGGGAACCGGCAAUGGCCCUGAAGGUGACUGUCAAGCGCCCGAUUGUUUCGGGGCGAUUUGGAGAAACAGAUACACAUGGAAGUUGCCAGCAUGCUGGGCUUCUGCGGGUUUUGAUUCCCGCUAUGGAAGAGGCUUGA